ACAAGAGUGAGGGAGGGGGGAGAGAGAGGAGGAAAGUUUCCUCCUUUCUUGUCCCAAUCCAACAUGAACUUUUUCUCUUUUGUCUUUUCGUUACCGCGUGAUUAUCAACACUCUCAUUUUCCUUCUUUUUCCUUUGAAAUUUCCGUACUCGGAUUUUCUCCUCUUUUGUCUUUACGUUUUUUUUUCCUGUUUUAUACGUUGUGAGAUUGGUUACUUAAACGCGUAUAGAUAAUACCAUGAGCAUUAAGAAAGAGCAGGAGGAGAGGGAAAGUAGACUCCUAGUUUAGUUUAGCUUGGAGCAAGAGGGAUGGGGAUGGAGAACGGGCAUGAUGAGGAGAGACUACUUGCCGAGAGAUUUUGUCAAGUGGGUAUUGAAGAUUCUUCUCGUUUGAAGGAGGAAGACUUUAAAAAUGAUAACUUGUUGCGGGUCAUCAAAGCUGUUGAAGCUGCUGAAACCACCAUCAAGCAGCAGGUAGAUGAGAAUAGCCGUUUAAAGGCUGAACUUGAGAAAAGUACUUUGGAGCUUGCUACAUAUAAAUCAGAUGGAUCCUUGCUACAACAAGCAUCUAAUCUUGGAGAUCACUCAAAUACUACUACUACCGUCUCUCGCUUGGUUCACCAGCCAGUUGAACGGGAGGAGACUGUGAUCAAAGCUUCAGAUGCUGAUUCAUCAGGCAUGAUGGUCGUUCACCACCCCCUUGUGAAUUCUAACGGCGAAGAAGCUACUGUGAAUAAUCGUUUGAAAAGCCCCUCUGAGCAAAAUAUGGUUAAUGGCGUUGUCAAAGGAGCUAUAGAUGUUGCUAGUCCCUCUCUUAUGAGAACGCAGUUGGAAGGAGCAGCGCAUGUUACACAUUUCAAUUCAUCUGCUCAUGGGUUUAUGCCGGUUGGAGAAGUAAAUGAUUCGGGCAAUGCUUGGAAGCAGGACCUGAUUCACAAGGUCAAGGAAAACGAACAACAAAUUCUGAAGUUGAGGAGAUACCUUACCGACUGUUCUGUUAAGGAAGCUCAAACUCGCAAUGAAAAAUAUGUUCUGGAAAAGCGAAUUGCCUACAUGCGUCAGGCAUUAGAUCAACAGCAAGAAGAUUUUGUUGAGGCUGCAUCAAAAGCUCUCUCUUACAGACAAGAAAUAAUUGAGGAAAACAUCCGCCUAACAUAUGCCUUACAGGCUACACAGCAAGAGAAAUCUACAUUUGUAUCAUACUUGUUACCUCUUCUCUCAGAGUAUUCUCUGCAACCACAGGUUUCUGAUGCACAGUCUAUUGUUAGCAAUGUGAAGGUUAUAUUUAAGCAUCUACAAGAGAAGCUCCUUCUUACUGAGACAAAGUUAAAGGAGUCCGAAUAUCAGUUAGCACCUUGGCAGUCAGAUGUGAACCACUCAAAUGAUUUCCCUUUGUCUGCAGCUGGUGUAGCGUUAACACACUCAACGAAGGAUUCUCUAUACGAUCAAACAGCUAUGGACUGGGAUUCUAAGCGCUGGCAGCAAGAUGAUGAGCCAGGUAGCUCAACUAGGAGUAGUUUCAAUUUUGAUAAUUCUAGAAGGUUUUCACCUCUAGUGAACGGUCACUCUCCAGCUUUUGAGAUGCCUCAGCAACAACCAGGUACUAGUGAAGAUGGAUCUCGUGGUUGGAAGCAAGCAGAUGAAACUCCAACUAAGCAUGUUCAGUUUCGUGAGCCUCUCAGCAAGAUAGCGAUGGACGAUGCAGAAGGAGAGUCGGAUAAUACCAAAAGUCAACCAUAUGUGCCUGCGUUUGAUGUUCCUAGCUCCUCAAGUUCUCCUCUUCUGUCACCCGUUCUUGAAGAACCUUCUUCCUCAUCCGAGGAGGGUGAAGACGGUUAUGACCCGUUACCAGCUAUAGAAGACCUACAAAUUUCAGGAGAACCUUAUCCUGGACAUGAGCUUCAGGCUUGUGGUUACUCUGUUAAUGGAACAACAAGUUGUAAUUUUGAGUGGGUAUGUCAUCUAGAAGAUGGAUCUGUGAAUUACAUUGAAGGAGCAAAGCAGCCAAAGUAUCUUGUCACUGCUGAUGAUGUUGAUUUAUAUCUUGCUAUUGAAGUUCAGCCUUUAGAUGACAGGAACCGCAAGGGGGAGCUUGUCAAGGUCUUUGCCAAUGAAAAUAGGAAGAUAGCUUGCCAUCCAGAGAUGCAGAGUCAUAUAGAGAAGACUCUUCAUAUUGGCCAUGCUUCAUACAAAGUUUCUGUUUCGACUGGUUUCUUGAAUAUAUGGGAAGAAGCUAUGUUAUCUAUUAAGAGAGAAGGUUACAGUAUCAAGUGUAGUAACGAUAUCAUGGUUGCAGAAAAAUUCUCAUCUUCAACUGCUGUAACAAUCCCAUUUGGGCAGCCUGAAGCAUUUGUUAUAACUGGUUCUGAUGGUAGUGAGUAUACCUUACGAGGAGAUCAUGGAUCAGCAGAUCUUUGCUGCUCGAGAGAUGCAAUAGUACUCACCCUGAGAUUAUUUACCAUGAGGGCUCUGCAGAGAAAGAAAGGAAAGAAGAAAGGAUUUUUGUUUAAUAAAUGAGAUACUUUUGUAUAUAUUUUUUUAACACUGGUGAUUCUAUUUUCUAAAAAAAGUUUGGAACCUUGUCAAAAAGAAAGAUACUUUUGUAUAUAGUUUACUAUUUUUUGGAUGUGGCUUAUGUCAGCUGCAAAUCAUUUAGAUUGCUC